AACUCCACACCACAGCAAAAGGAGCAGCAGCGGCGCCUCCGCCACGCACAUCAGCACCAUGAGGCGUGAACGCGCGCGUGCACAAAGACAUCCCGCUUCUCUGAGCGCGUAUCAUCAGCGUCACGCACGCGCGUAGUGGAUGACUUUAUAUCAUUAUUAUUUAAAAAAAAAUAAUUAUCUUUGUUCAGACGUAUGAACUAUGGCGCGCGGUAUUUAGAUCAGGGUGAAGUACGUUUUUUUUUUUUUUACAGCGUUUAAGUGUUUUAGGCACCGAACUUCAAACUCUGGACAGCGACCACGAACUUUUCCGCUUCGUUUUAGAUUCCAAUUGAAAUUUAAAAACAUGGACCGCACGUGGAUUUUGCUCGUUAUGUCGAUCGGCAUCUCGAUCGCGCACAUGUGUGACGGCUGGAAGGCUCGCGCAGGUGGCCGAGACCGGAGAGACGCAGCCGCCGCCUCCGCACGCGCCGUUUUCGAGCAGCUGCAAGGAGCAAGGAGCUUGAACCGAGCUCCUUUAGAUCCGGGGCCCGUAAGAUACCACCCACAUGACUCUGACACCGGGCCGGUGGCUCGUGCUUCUUUACAGGAUGAAGACACUGUAGAAGCACGGGAGAAAUCCGGGAGAAUCCCGAGACAAGCUGGAAACAGAGCGCGAAGCAUCAGCACAGCCAACACACCUGAGCGCGCGGACAACAAACCUUCUCAUCCAAAGCGCCUGGUUGGGCCACAUGUGUGUGGGGGUCAGCAGUGCUGUUCAGGAUGGGCUGUUGCACCUGGAACAAACCGCUGCAUCAAACCGGAUUGCCAGCCCCCGUGUCAAAACCGCGGCUCAUGUAGUCGCCCACACACCUGCGUGUGCCGCUCAGGCUAUCAGGGACCACGCUGUGAGGAGGUUGCGCCUGAGCAGGUUUACAUCCACACCGGCUCAACCAGAGUACUGAUACCCAUCCAGCCUGGAACGGACACCAAGCAGCAUCAGUCUGCCCGCAGGAAACCCACUGAGAGACAAGCCAGUGAAAGCAAUCCCAAAACUCAAACACCGAAGCCGCCAACUGGCAGAGUGGCCCAUUCAUCUGGAACCCAGGUUAGACGCGGUUCUCCUGAGGUCUCACUGCAGCAGCCUGGUGCAGGACAGUCUCAUGUCUCCAGGACUGUCAAGCGUUAUCCUUCAUCAACAGAACCCAUAACCUCAAAUGCUCUGCCCAGUGCAAACGGACACAACCAUGGACACACACGCACUCAACAUGUUGCCUACUCUAAUGGCCAGCCGCAUGCCUCCAGCAACCAAGUGACUCCAGCAGGAGCAAACCUUACAGCAAACGUGGAUCGAAUCAAGAUCGUCUUUACGCCCAUGGUGUGUAGAAGGAUCUGCCAUGGGGGUCAAUGCUAUAAUAACUGUGAGCGUGGAGAUAAGACCACGGUGUAUAGCGAGAACCAGGGCCCACCAUCUAAGACCCACGGCUUCAGACUCUUUUUCUGUCAGAUUCCAUGCUUGAAUGGAGGACGGUGUAUUGGGCAAAAUGAAUGCUGGUGCCCAUCAAACUCCACAGGAAAGUUCUGUCACCUUCCAGCUCAGAAUCCCAGCAAACCCUCUAAUGGACGACAAGCCGACGGAAUGCAGGACGGCGCAGCUCACUCAGUCUACACCCUGCCCCUGUCCAACCAGCAAGCCUCUCUUUUACCCUCACUGGUGAAGGUACAUGUUCAGCACCCACCAGAAGCUGAGGUUCAGAUCCACCAGGUUGCACGGGUCAAACCAGGCCAAACAGCUGAAACUGGUCACUCAGUACAACAACGCUCUCAGCCUGGCAAUAAUCAUAUAAAUGGCAAUGGGAAUGGCAACCGGCAGAACAGCGUGCACAGCACUGGGCAGAACCAUGGGCAGAACCACCACAGGCCAAAUACCAGGCUUAAUGGACAUGUUGGAAGGUGUUUCCAAGAAACAGUUGAUGGAAAGUGUGGGAAGCCUCUGCCAGGUCUUACCAGGCAGGAAGACUGUUGUGGCAGUGUGGGAGCUUCAUGGGGUUUGCACAAAUGCACCGAGUGUCCCAGCAAACCAGCGUAUGCAGUGAUUGCAAAUGGCCUAGUGGAAUGCCCUAAAGGCUAUAAAAGAAUGAAUUCAACUCAUUGUCAAGAUAUCAAUGAGUGUCUGAUUCCUGGAGUGUGCAAACAUGCUGAGUGUCUGAACACUAAAGGCAGCUACAGGUGCACGUGUAAGCCUGGAUACAUGCUGGACGCUGCGCGCAGUCAGUGUGUCUCUGAUAAAGCAGUGUCAGUGGAGCAAGCCUCGUGCUACCGAUCCAUAUUACCAGGCUCAUGUAGCCAUCCACUGGCCCAGAAAAUUACCAAGCAAAUCUGCUGUUGCAGCCGUGUGGGAAAGGCCUGGGGCUCGGCCUGUGAGAGGUGCCCAUUACCUGACACAGAUCACUUUAAGGAGAUCUGUCCAGCAGGCCAUGGCUACACCUAUUCUCGUUCAGACGUCCAGAUCACUCUCCGUGAGCUGGAGGGAGACGAGCUCACAGAAGUCGACUCUUUCCUUUCUCAGAACCCCACAUACCCCGAGCCUCCUCGGACCGUGCCAGAGACACCUCAUCACCAACCACUUCCACCCGUUUACCCAGAGAGCCCGUAUCACGAGCCCUCAGUGCCAUCUUACCCUCAAACACCCGCUAGGCCUCAGCCACCCAGGACUGGAAACACGCCUCUUCAGCCUUCUCCAGUCUCCUUACCUGAAGGUGGUGAAACAGCGAAUGAGCCAAUUAAUACACCUCCUUUAUACCCAGGUGUAGUAGAGGUCACGUCUAAAUCUCCCACCUAUGUGAUGCCAGACUUGGGGGAUCGCGACACAGCACCGAUUAACGUUGCCACUCAGGUCACAGACAUCGACAAGUGUUCGUUGACUCCGACAAUCUGUGGUCCAGGCCAGUGUGUGUCAGUGCAGACGGGUUACACCUGCUACUGUGACCCAGGCUACACCCUUAACGCUCUACAGACCACCUGCAUUGAUGUAAAUGAAUGUGAGAAUGACCCAUGCAGAGGAAAGGGCCAAUGUGUGAACACUUUUGGCUCCUACACCUGCCAGUGCUUCCCGGGCUUCAGCCUGCUCAUGACACAAAACAGAAAACUGUGUCAAGAUAUAAAUGAGUGUACAAUGCCUAACAAAUGUCCCAAUGGCCGCUGUAUCAACACUGAAGGAUCCUUUAUGUGCGAAUGCAGAAGUGGCUUCACCAAAAACCAGAGAGGAGAGUGUGAAGAUAUAGAUGAGUGCAGGAGCCCUGGUGUCUGCCCCAGUGGUAAAUGUGUGAACACACACGGCUCGUUCAAGUGCCAAGCAUGUGGCCCUGGAUUCAGGCCUGACUCUGGGAGAUGUCUGGACAUUAAUGAGUGUCAGAUGGCAGCUGUGUGUACUAAUGGUCAGUGUGUGAACACAGAGGGCUCUUUCACUUGUACAUGCAACCAUGGAUACCAAACAACUCCUGACAAUAAAAGCUGCCAAGAUGUGGACGAGUGUCUGCUCCGAGACGUCUGCGCUCACGGCACAUGCUUUAAUGUUCCGGGUUCACACAGAUGCAGCUGUAACACAGGUUACCAUAGCAGCCCUGAUGGCAAAGCUUGUUUGGAUGUUGAUGAAUGCUCUGAGCCCAGCCUGUGUAUGCGAGGUGUGUGUGUUAACACUGUGGGCUCCUUCACCUGUACCCAGUGUGAGGUUGGAUACGCUCUCUCCGAGGACAGACAGAGGUGUGAGGAUAUAGAUGAGUGUCUCUCCUUGACCUGCCCGAACGGCAUCUGUCUAAACUCAGAGGGCUCAUACUCCUGCGAAAAUUGUCCCACUGGUUUCACUGUGUCACCAAAUGGAGAGCUGUGUAAAGAUAUUGAUGAAUGCGAGUCUCCAGACAUUUGCCCACUGUCUGCUUGUACAAACUCAGAGGGUUCAUAUUCCUGCAGGACCUGUGAGUCUGGAUACAAGGUCUCCUCAGACCGCACAUGUGAAGAUAUUGACGAAUGUGAAGACAUGGCAGCGUGUCUGAAUGGACGGUGCACAAACACAGAUGGCUCCUACCAUUGUGAUUGUACUCCAGGCUAUGAGCUGCUUAACUCUGUCUGCAAAGAUAUUGACGAGUGUGACGACGAGAUGAUCUGUGGCAAGCAUGGCUUCUGUGAGAACACAGACGGCUCCUAUUAUUGUCACUGUGACCAAGGAUAUGUCAGUACACCCGAGGGCACAGAUUGCGUUGAUGCAGAUGAAUGUGAACUAAGUAGUGAGUUGUGUGGUGAGGCUCACUGUGAGAAUGUAGAAGGAAGUUUUCUGUGCCUCUGCCCUACUGAUGAUGAGGAAUUUGACCCCAGUACCACACAGUGCAAACCCCGCCAUGAUCAUGAACACAUGAUCAUACCAGAUGACGAACAGAGGAAGGAUUGCUACUACAACCUAAACGGUGCCAACUUCUGUGAAAAUGUGCUCUCCAGAAAUGUCACCAAGCCGGAAUGCUGCUGCACCGUGGGAGCAGGUUGGGGAGACAACUGCAAUAUACACCCAUGUCCACAAAGUGGACAAGUGGAAUAUUCUGAGCUGUGUCCUCAUGGUGCUGGCAUUCUUCCCAUCAUCACCUCAGUCCAAGGCAUCAGUCAGCUCCUGACUAGAGAUGCAGAUGAGUGUGAGAUGUUUGGUCCAGAAAUUUGUAAAAAUGGUUAUUGUGAAAACGCCUACGCCUCGUACAACUGCUACUGUCAUAGCGGAUAUUACUAUGACAACCUCCGUAUGGAGUGUGUUGACGACGAUGAAUGUAAGGAAGAGAAUACGUGUGAACAUGGAGAGUGUGUGAACACCCCUGGCUCCUUUAACUGCUUCUGCACUCCUCCACUAAUCCUGGAUGACACACAGCGCCGCUGCAUCUCUGCCAACAGCACUGAGGGUUCUUUCCUUGAUGAGGAUUAUAUUCACACAGACAUCUGCUGGCGGGACCUUAAACCUGAUACCACAUGCAUUAAUCCAAUGCUUGGUAUUUCAACUACCUACACUGAGUGUUGCUGUCUCUAUGGUAUUGCCUGGGGGCUACAGUGUGCAUUUUGCCCUGAAAAAUCUUCCGAUGCUUUUGCUAUUUUGUGUAACCUGGGUAAUAGAGACAGCCUACGGGAGCAACCAGGCUUUGAAUAUGGACCCGAAUCGUCACACGAGGGACCCAAUGGUUCACCGUACUGGGGUAACUAUGGCGUUUUGGGAGGUGAGACCUUCUAUGGAGCUGAAGGUCCUUUGAGUGGUUCCUUUACUGAUCGCUCAAAUGACUACAGCUCUAGAGAGGAAGGACCAGUACCUGUGCCCAGACUCAGAGAGCACCAGCCACCCCGCCGAAUUGACCCUUACAGAGAACAUAGUGCAGGAUUUGAGGGUUUACAGGCAGAAGAAUGUGGCAUCUUGAAUGGCUGUGAAAAUGGCCGAUGUGUCCGUGUGCGAGAGGGCUACACAUGCGACUGCUUUGAUGGCUAUGAACUAAACUUAAGCAAGAUGGCGUGUAUUGAUAUAAAUGAAUGUGAGGAUAUCAGUGACAAAGUGGAGCUGUGUAAGAAUGGAGUGUGUUCCAAUACAGAGGGAUCAUACAAAUGCACUUGCCUGCCAGGAUUUUUGGCUUCUUCUAAACCCCACGAGUGUAUCCCAGAAGACAAUGACUCUGUUGCCCAGACUGUGGGAUAUUGAUGCAUAUUCUCUCUCACUCUCUCUCUCUCUCUCUCUCUCGCUCUCUCUCUCUCUCUCUCUCCUACAUCAUUUUUCUAAAUGACUGACACUAAACCUGCAUCAGUGAAGCCGAGCCAGCUGAGCUCCAAACAUACACACACUGACAUUUACACACAAAUACAAGCCCAUUCCGUCUUGUACAUAACGAGUGAUUUUUAAAGAAAACAAGUUUAAGUGUGACUCGGUUUUUGAUUGGUUCUCGAGCAUAAAGUGAUAUGCACAGCAUUCUGAAUGUUACUCAGAUGGUGAUUACAUGUACUUUAUUUAGAAUUUAUACACAUAUUUUGUUAUCGGAGGUCAUUCCAGCUCAGGAUUGUGGUUCGAGGCUUCAUUGACAGGGUUUGGGAUUGUUGUACAGAUCUAGUACUAUGUAUUUAAUUUGGUUUGUUAUAUAUUCUAAUAAACUCAUUCAGUACACUCAAUAUUUUGUUUGACCAAAAAAAAAAAAAAAAGAUACAAAAAAAUCUGAUUAACCCUGUAGAUUUAUAGAUCUCUGUACAAAUGUUUUGUAGCACUAUCUUUUAUGUAUGGAAAAAAAGGUUUACACUGUAUCAGAUAAAGUGUAUGUAUCCUGCCCUGUGGAGCAGACUAUGAAAUGUUAUUUUAUGGAAUGAGUGCACUUUUUAACUAACGUUAUGUGGUGCCUUCAAUCCAGUGAACACCUAGUUCAGCAACACAUUAAUGUGUGUCACAUUUGCUUGAUAAUUACAUAGUCUACUUUGAACUGAAAUACUUGCAUCCAUUAUUGCUGGCUAGAUUUUCAACAGAUUUAAAGUUGCCUUAUAGACAAUGCAAACCACAUUUAAACGAAAUAUUAUGUCCUGCCGUUGAGCAAUAUGACAUGUAUACUAUAACAGAUUAAACAUUUUACUACUUGGAUUAUAGCAGCCUGAAUAUUACAGAAGAGCAGAUAGACAAAUUAUUAUUGAAAUACAUUUGUAAUAAAUAGAAGUAGUGUAAAACUACAAUGAGCCACCAGAACAGCUUCAAUGAACCAUGGCACAGAUUCUACAAGUUAACUAGAACUGUGAGGAACACCAUUUCUCCGAAAGGUGUUUCUUUCGUUGUUUUGAAGAUGGUGGGAGAGAGCACUGUUUAACAUCAGUCUCUAAUCAGGAUAGAGAUGUUUCAGCAUAGAAUAAAGGUGAUCUGUCAGAUUCAUGUAGUAUUGAUGUGCAAUGUGAUGUUCACUCUAACCGAAUAGCUGGAUCCAAACCAUGCUUGCAAACUACCGCACACAGCAUAACUCUUUUUUCCCUUUAAUAUGGCACCUGUCUAUAUAUACCAACGUCACUUGAUAGAAACUGAUGAUCAUUUUUCCAUAUAGAAAAAGACAAGUUAUAUGUGUCUGUACUCACUACCAUUUUCAGUGGAGUCUCAAUGGACACUGUGCAACCCGUGCUCAGUUUAUGUAUUGAAAUGAAGUCUCCAUCACCUUUAAUUUUUGGUAUUUUGGAAGGCAAUUUUAAACUUAUGAAGAUGGUUACGAGUAGGCUGUAGGAAUGAGCCCUUAUUUUGGUGGUCCACCCUGUUUUGUUCAUUCCAUUUGAUUACCUCUGACUGUAGUUGUUUCCGGACAAUAAAGUCUGAAAAAUGA